CGAAAACUUCAAUUUAGUCUUCUUAAAACUUUUAGCGACCUUUGACCCCCGACUCCGAGACUUUUGCAAUCGCGGCGAUGCUGCUCCUUCGCGCGCACACCGUGCGGACGGCACCGCUGCGAAGUCUAAAUGGCGAACGUUUUGUUUAUGGACUCCCAGGCCGUGUGGUGUUCCUGCGGCGGAACGCCUCGGUCUCCAAACCCGAUUCUGUCGAGACCCAGGGCAAGAACGACAAGGAAAGUCAUUCAACCGAUGUUCAUGGCAGCCACGAGCACGCUCACGCACAAGGCGGUGACCACUGUAGCCACGGUCUUGGUCACGCACAUGCUGAAUCGCAUCAGCAUUCCGGCUCAGAGCACGGACACGGCCAUGGCCACGGCGAGCAUCACGGCGGUGUCGAGGGUGCGGUGCACCAGGUGCAGCACCGUGCGGCCGAGAAGUCAGCGUUCAAGUUCCUGGAGGCUGUCGCGGAGCGCCUUACCAGCAAGCAGGUCAUGCAGCACGUGGGAGGCAAGGUGCUGAGCCAGGCCGCUGAGAAGGCCACAGAGCGCGUGGCCGAGCGUGGCGCAGAGCGCCUUGCUCAACGUGUUGCAGAGCGCGCUGGCGAGAGGCUCGGCGAGCGCGUGGGGGAGCGUGUCGCCGAGCGCGCCGGGGAGCGCAUGGCUGAGCGCCUGGGAGAGCGCAUGGCAGAGCGCGUGGGCGAAAGGAUGGCGGAGCGUGUCGGGGAGCGCGUCGCCGAGCGGGCUGGCGAGCGCCUGGCUGAGAGGGUCGGCGAGCGAGUGGCGGAGCGUGUGGGCGAGCGCAUGGCAGAGCGUGUUGGGGAGCGCGUCGCCGAGCGGGCCGGCGAGCGGCUCGCAGAGCGCGUUGGUGAGCGCAUGGCGGAGCGUGCCGGAGAGCGCCUGGCGGAGCGCGUAAGCGUGUCGGCUGCUGGCAAGCUGGGAGAGCGCGUGGGAGAGCGCGUGGCAGAGCGCGUCGCCGGGCAGGCAGGAGAGCGCGCGGCGGAGCGCAUCGGCGAGCGCACCCUGACGCGCGGCCGCUUCCACGCCGGCGGUCAUGGCGUCGAGCUGCUGGCGGGCCGUGUGGUUGAGCCCUCGGCCGCGCGCGCGCUGGAGCACGGCACUGCCGCCGCCGCGGGCCAUGGCGCAGUGGCGGCGGCGGCGCACGGCGGCGAACGCAGUGGCCUGGGCCUACUGGACAAGCUGCUGCAGAAGGUGCUGGGUAGCAAGCUUGGCCGGCGGCUGCUGACGCCGGCGCUGCUGGGCCGCGUCGGGCGCGGAGCCAUGGUGGCGCUGCCGGCGGUGGGGGCGCUGUUCGUGGCGCACCUGGCGCACCAGGACUAUGAGCGCAUGAUGGAGGAGCGCGAGAACAACCACCUGGCCGCCUUCGUGGGCUUCGCGGUGGCGUUCGCCUUCGACGUGCUGGACGUGCUUGCGCACAUUGUGGUGGUGGUGGGCCUGCUACACCAACACUUCCACGUGGGGCUACACGUGCCGCACAGCGUGCUGCACAGCGUGGAGAGCGCCGGCAUCGCCAUCGCCAUCAUCUCCACCGUGGCCGCGGCCACCGCCGAGAUCCUGGCCAUGCGCCGUGGCAUGCGGCUAGCCCAGGAGGCCGCCACCGCCGCCGCCACCGCCUCCGUUGACUUGACCGCGACCGCCGAGGCUCGCGGGCCCGGCAAGACCGGCGUGCUGGCUGCCUCGCAGCCGGGCAUGCUGCAGGCGAGCUGGCACGGCGGCGCGUCCGGCGCGGAGGCGCACCAGCACGGACAUGCCGAGGCAGCCGGCGGCGAGGCGGCGGCUUUGUCGGGCGAGCACGCGGCGCGGCUGGCGGGCAGUGCGGUGAAGGCGGCUGCCAUUGCAGCGCACAUCCGUGCCAGCGGCAAGGUGGGUGCGGCGUCGGCGGCGGUGCGCGGCGGGCCGCUGGCGGCUUCCUUCCAGCAGGGCGCCGGCCUGCCGGUCAGCAGCGGCAGCAACGGAAGCGGCGGCGUGCGCUCGUUUGUCACGUCGGCGCGGCUGGAUGCGGUGGCGGCGGCGGCCGCGGCGGCGGCGGCGUCUGUUGCAGCUAGCAUCUCGUCUGGCAACAGCGGCAUUGCGGCCGGCCCCCGCGUCAUGUCUAGCACUUGGCACUGAGCCCCAUCGCUCUGUGCAGCUGACCUGACACUUCACACCACAACCGCAUAGCUAGCGAGCAAUUUGAGACGGUGCACUACGGCGGGAGUUACGGGGGCGGUUGGCUAGGACGGUGAUUGCUUGGGCUUGGAGGCAGCCGUGGUUCAAUGGACAAUCACAAAUAUGCAGGACUAGUGACAUCUCUGCAUGACACGUGAGACAACCCUGGCGUGAGCCAGACUUGAUGUCGGCUACAUUUAUACAUCGGAGGCACGGUAGGUCUAUGGGUGGGGGUGGGGGCGGCACGGUCGCGUGGCCGUGGCCUUGGGCUGAGGGGUUGCCAAAUACCCAAUAGCUUGCUGAAUAAUAGCAAUGUGCUGCUGCACACUGAUUCCUGAAGAGUACGUCUACCGUAACUUUUUAAGAAGCUUUUUUGGAGGAAUGGGGAGUGGCAACAGUGACCUGUCAAAUACGAGCAUGUGCGCGAGCCCCCAUUUGAGCAUCCGUAUGCAUAUUAUUUUGUCGUGCGUUGGCCUGUGCAUUGCGGGGCAUAUGGCGCGCACAGGCAUGUGGACGAAUAGGACUAGAGUACACCCCGGUAGUGGCGCCCUACCGGACGCUAGUAGGCUGGUAUGGAUGGGUUGGGGCCUGAGAGUUAUGACGGGUCCUACAUGGCAGUAGGCUGAUAGUACUAGUGAAUGUGAGGCAAGCGCUGGUCAAGGUUUGGUGCCGAUAGUGCCCCUGUGACGUAUGUGGCUCCUCACGCCAAGCGGAGCUGCCUUGCUCCGAGAACUGCGGCAGCAGGUCCAUCUUGUGACCACGGGGAUUCCAAUCACGCCGUCCGGCCUGGGUUGUUGUUCGCUUUACUGGUUGCGGCAGCAGGUCCGUCUUUUAACCAUGCAAUACACGA